UGUCAGGGUCUUUGAUACCAUUAUUAUGAAUAUUUGAAAUAAAAGGUGAUUUCUAGAAAUAGGUGACAAGAUAAAUGUCGUUAUUGACAGUACAUGAUAAGGGAUUGGUUUGUGAUUAAAAAUACCAUCUAAUUCGGACUUCUGCUUUAUUUAUAAUUGUAAGAGCCCUAAUUAGAGUAAGCACAGUAACGGUAUCAACAGUAGUUCCAAUUAGGAGCAGCUUCUGACAGGUAAAAGUGUAUUGAUCAAUUCUGUCGCCUAGCAACAGGCUAGCUGUCAUCACUGCUCAUUGAGACUCAAAACCUACAAAAUGAAGGAAAUAUUCACUCAGGACGAGUUGGAUGACUUGCUGAGGAGCGCGGGACAGAAGCUGGUCAUCGUUGACUUCUGGGCCACGUGGUGUGGACCGUGUAAGGUGAUUGGGCCCAUGUUCCGGAAACUUGCCAAUGACCCAGAGUACGAGAAAGAUGUAAUAUUCGCCUCCGUGGACGUGGAUGAGGCUAAUGAGCUGGCUGAGGAAAUAGGAAUUGAGUGUAUGCCAACGAUAAUGUUUUUCAAAAACAGCGAAAAGAUUGAUGAAAUGUCUGGUGCCAACAAAGCCAAACUCGUGGAGAAGAUAGAGGAGCUCCGAAAGAGAUGACACCCCCCCCCCCCCAUCGGAUACACAAAGGAUCCCCAGUCUUUUCUUAAUCGUACUUUAUAUCAAAACAAAGUACCAACAGCCCCCUCCCUCCUCCUUUUGUCAAUACCCGUUUGUAUGUGUCCCGUGUCUCCGUGUGCUGGAUGUGUUCAAUUAAAAAUGUUUCCUUCUGACUGAAACGUGUUGUAAAACCAUUGAAUUACAUAAACUGUUAAAUACUCCAAAUAAAUUGUUUAAACAACCAAUGUAAAA